AUGGGGGAAUGCCAAAAAAAUGAAGAGAAAGUAAGCAACGAAGCCAAGGAUGGAAAAAAGAAUGAAGUUAAAAAAAGAAAGAAAUUAGGAAAAGCAUCAAGAGCGAAAGAAAGAAUAAAAAAAAAGAAUGAAAGCGUAAAAAGGAGAGAAAAUGAAAAUGAGAAAAAUAAGAAAAAGAAGGAUGAAAAUAAUAAAAUGAACGGAAUGGGAAUGGGAAAAGAUAUAAAUGCGAAAUAUGAAUGGAAUGUUAGAAAUAAAUAUGAGAAAAUGUAA